GGACUUUGUUGCAUACAGGAUGGCAGUCAUCCAUGUGGAGCCUUUAUUUUAACAUGACCUCGUUGCCACUUGAUAGACCUGAGUUUAUAGGGCUGAGCGUCUUUGAGAUCACAUAGUUCUAUGUGUAUAACCUCAAGCUCAGCCUGUUUGUGCUAUGGGUCAGGGUUUUUUUAAGAAAUAAAGCUGACCAGUCAGCAAAAGCAAACCUCCUCCACAACUUCUAAAAAUGACACAGACUGAUCUCCUUAGUAUCACUUCUCUUUUUCUGGUUGGUCCUGGUUUGACCAGACAUUGGCAAACGUCACCCUGCAAACCAUCUUCAGCGCUCUGAUUUCCUUACCUAAAGCAAUCAUAAAAGGUUUCUUCAAAGGCUACACACGAUAUAUAUUUUGAACUGAUUAUACAGUAGUAGUAUAUUAAAUAAAUCAAUAAAAUCUCCUAAAUGUGACUCACCAGAACUUUAAUUUAGUUUUCAUAGAUGUUUCACAGGGUGUUGAUUUAAGAUGUAGAUACUUAAAUAAAUGAGCACUAUGUUGCACAUUUUCCAAAUAUAUAAACAAGGAAAUAAUGGUAAAAUUACUACUAUCUGAGUAUAGAGAAAUGGUCAAAUAAUAAGAACCUGAAAGAUCUUUCAGGACACUGUACAUUAAAAUAAAAGAGAUGCCAUCAGCGACAUGUGGUGGACUUUUCUAAGUCACAGCAUAAAUAACAAAAUCCUCCAACGUGCUUGCACUGUUGUCACUCCAUCACUGUUGGUGUGAUUCCAGGUGAUGAUAAAAAAAAGUUUAAUGUGCCCAGUGGAAAACUGCAAUUCGAGCAAUUAAAAUAAAUUCAAAUGCCAAAGAAUAACACAAAUACUGUAUAGAAAUUAGGUGUUUCAUCUUUUUUUGCAUGUGCAGUGACGGAAGCUCUUUAGUUUAUCAGAGCUCAUGAGACGGAUCAUUAUCUCAGUGCACUCACAAAACAUCAGAGGAACUACAGACAUAAAUGUGCCCAAAGCCUGCAGUCAUUUCCUUCCUGAUUGUGUGCAGUCGAAACUUAAGAACAUGAAACCAUCAUCGACGAGAGUGGGAAGAGAGAAGAAUUCAUUUCUUCCUUAGUUCGAGAGAUCGUUAUACAAUAGCAUCCACACAUGAUGCGUGGUCUUUGUUUCUUUCUCUUGCCUAUUCUUACCCAAGUGUCCCCAGAAUCCUUGGAUGAUGUUAUUGGCCUCACUGGGCACAACGUCACACUGCCUUGUAGGUAUGACUCCCGCACUCAUGGCGUUCUAAGUUUCUGCUGGGGACGAGGGAAGGUGCCCAGGUUCAAAUGCGCCGACACUGUCCUCUCCUCCGAGGACGGGGCCAUACAGUCCAGACGGUCGUCCAGGUACCAGCUGCAGGGCAGUUUGACAGAUGGAGACGUGUCCCUGACCAUCCUCGACGCUCGGUGGAGCGACGGUGGAGUGUAUGGCUGCAGGGUCCAGAUCCCAGGGUGGUUCAAUGACUACAAAGUCAACACACUCCUGGUCAUGGUGGAAGCUUCUGUGGAACAACCUGUUACCCAGGACUGGACACCUGGCACCACUGUGAGACAUGACGAGCAAUCAGAAAUGGAGACAACAUCUGCCCCAGUGAAUGUUGGUGAUGCAACAGCGGCCGUUGUUGGACACACUCGGGAGAAAUUCAAAGCCUCCCUGGAAGUGGGGAACGUUGCCAGGAUGGGAGCUAUUUUCUUCUCAACCAUCAUCAUAAUCCUCGCCUUUAUUUUUCGGAGAAGUUUUCACCCGGUGGCCAAACUUCAACGUCUCAACACUUCAGCUGCGGAAAACAUUUAUGAAAGUAUCUAAGCGGUGUAUGAGUGAUGUUCAGUGUUACACAAAUGAAGGGGGUUUAACAGGUGAUUGUCGGGUAGCGUCUAGUCCCCACGUGCCCCCACUUUCAUCUCCUCAGUGCCACAGAGAAACCUUUUGAACCGUUCUCUGUGAAUAACUUAGAUGAUGUUUGUGUCAUGCCAAGGCGAGGUGGAUCACAGUCGCAUUGUUCUCGGGUCGCACUAAAGACUGAGUACGCUUCAAGAGAUUCACAAAAAUACCCCGCAAAUCAAUGAAUUAGCUUCUCUUUUGUGUCUGUUUAUGCGUCACAGAGAAAGAAAAACAUUGCCACCUUCUGGGCUUAGACUUGCAGAAUAUUAAAGGAGAUGUUUCUUUGGGGAAAGUCAAUUAUGUGACAGAAAAAAUACCCAUCAAUAGUUCAAUGUUGAUUGGGUAAAUAUGUGGUAAUCAGAGCAUGGAAGGAAACUGUAUAGCUUAUCUCAUUCAUAUGAUGAAAAGAUGAAAAAACUGCUUAUGCUGCCAGGUUUGUAAUGAUGUAAUGAAGCUGGUUUGUUUCAAAACAGAACCACUUCUCUGGGUUUCUGUGUGUGUAUUAUUUUCCAUGAAUGUUUGUAGCAAUGGAAACUUAAGAAGUCAUGGCGAUGACAUCUUUUUUAAACAAUGACAUUAAAAUCCAAAGAACAUCAACCGAUUGAUACCUAA